GGCACUUGGCAAGCCUGCCACCUGGACUGGCUCAGGGACCCAGCGGGUGGUGACGGCGACCGCCCCUUUGUGUGCACCUACUGCCACAAGGCCUUCAAGAGGAAGGAUCAUCUCUUGAUCCAUGAGAAAGUGCACACCGGUGACAAGCCGUUUGUGUGCGAGAUGUGUGGCCACCGCUUCGCGCAAAAGACCCACCUGCGUAACCACCUCACCAAACACUCUGAGGUGCGGGCCCACGCCUGCCUCGUAUGCGGCAAGCGUUUCAAAAGGAAGGACUCGCUUAAGAUUCACGAGAAAAUCCACCACGACGAGACCAAUACUUGUGCCAUCUGCGGGGCGGUUCUGGAGAGCCGGGAGAGCUGGCGGGCCCACCUCACCACGCACUACCCAGUGUAGCGCCGCCGCCCGGCCUCCUCGGGACCAAUAUUACAAUGAUUAAUACAAUGAUGUCACAGCGAAGCUUUAACUUGAGUUUGCAGAGAGUCGGGGCUGAUGGCUACCCUCAACUACCAAAUGGCCUCGUUGGAUGAGGAGAUGCUCAGGCCGCACCAGUGUGGCUAUUGUGGGCGCCGUUUUAAGCGCAAAGACCACCGCAUCGAGCAUGAACGGAUCCACACUGGGGAGCGGCCCUAUGCCUGCCGCCUGUGUGGCCGCGCCUUUGUACAAAAGCAUCAACUCAUGAGCCACGUGCGGCGCAAACACUCGGCAGACCCAAACUACCCCCGCCUCUACCCCGCCGCGCCCCCGCCCCCCGCGCCCCCAUCCCACCCCAGCAUGAGUGGUGACCAACAGCAACCACCACAGCAGCAGCAGCAGCAGCAGCAGCAGCAACACACGCACUACUAGCUGACCCGCUCUGUUACCAGGUUCCACACUUUUUACACAUCUUUUAAGGCUGCGAGGGCUGUGCUCCCGUGUGUCAGUGCGUGCGUGUGAGAGAGAGAGAGAGAGAGAGAGAGAGAGAGAGAGAGAGAGAGAGAGAGAGAGAGAGAGAGAGAGAGAGAGAGACAGCAUGGGCGUGUGCAUGGGAGGCGGUGUGUGCCAGCAGGUGUGGGCCAGGGCGUGAUAAGUCCCGUUGUCCUUCGCACCGACGUCUUCUGCGUGGCUCAUCAGAGAACCAAAUAAACACUUUCCGUGUAGUCCUACGCUUAGCUCUUGUUUAUUGUGAUGGUUUUUCACGCAGUCUUUCAUUACUGUAUCUCUAUAAAGUUUGUACGUCAUGCGCUGCUUCAUUUAGCACACACUUCUUUUGUUGACUUCCAAUAUUACGUUUCAGUACCUUACAAUAAAAAGGUAAAUGUACGUAUUUCCUCGACAGACACACACUAGGCUUUUAUUUAGCUAAACUAUGAACCCUGUGAAAUCCCGGAGUCCGUUCAGCGACGCCGAUCCUGUAAAAUUUUAUUAAUUCAUUGUACACAUUACUAAUUCCGGGAUGCACUUCUUGGGGCCCCGGAGUACGUAAGUGUCCACCUGCUGCUCAAAAAAUACCUGUUCUGCAGUUUCUAAUAAUAAAAUCUGUUGAUAUUUAU